CAUCACUCGUUCGUCAAUUUCAGCUGCUGCUAUCUUUCAAAAAAAAUCAGCUGCUGCUCUUGUUUGCUGCAAGUUGCAUCAUCUGUGACCAUACAAAAAAGAAAAGCAAAAAAAAAGAAACGGCGGGAAAUUGCCAGAGUAUUUUACCAGCUGAGCAGAAAUUACCGCGCAGUGGUCGUCGCCCUCGUUGUUUACUUUGCUUAAUUUGCUUGCCCUCAUCCUCAUGGCUGCGGCGGCGGCGGCUGCUUCUGCUCCCCGCCUCCUCCUGCCGCCGGCCGCCUCCACCUUCCCACACCAGCACGAGCACGUCCGCCGCAACUGGCACCGGCCCCGCCGCCAGGUCAUCUCUGCCCGCGCCGGCGCCUCCGUCGCCGCCCGGGGCCUUGAUGCAGACGACUUCCGCCAUCCGCUGGACAAGCAGAACACACUGCUGCUGAGAGCAGUUCCAGGGCUUAAUGAUAUGGGCAAGGCUUUGCUAGGACCAGUUUCUGAGCAAGUUAUGGUACUUCAGAACAUUGGAUCGUCUGUGCUAGUCUCUGAAAACCAGCUUUCAGAUCUUCAUCAGAUCUUGACCGAGGCAGCAAAACUAUUGAACACAGACGCUCCUGACUUGUACAUUCGGCAGAACCCUGUUCCUAAUGCUUACACCUUAGCGAUCAGUGGCAAAAAGCCAUUCAUAGUUGUUCAUACAAGCCUUGUGGAGCUGCUCACUAGAAAAGAACUGCAGGCUGUGUUGGCUCAUGAACUGGGACACCUCAAGUGUGACCAUGGCGUGUGGCUUACAUUUGCCAACAUACUGACAAUGGGAGCAUACUCUGUCCCUGGAUUUGGCAUGGUUGCUGGGUUUCUGGAAGAGCAGCUCUACAGGUGGCUCCGGGCUGCAGAGCUGACUUGUGAUCGAGCGGCUCUUCUUGUAGUGCAGGACCCCAAGGUUGUGAUAUCUGUGCUGAUGAAACUGGCCGGAGGGUGCCCGUCGCUUGCGGACCAGCUGAACGUGGACGCCUUCCUGGAGCAAGCUCGCUCCUACGACAAAGCUGCGUCAAACCCCGUCGGCUGGUACAUCCGGAACGCUCAGACGAGAGAGCUGUCGCAUCCUCUGCCGGUGAUGCGAGCCCGCGAGAUCGACGAGUGGUCCAGGAGCCGAGAGUACAAGACGGUGCAGCAGAAGGUCAUUCAGCUCCAGCUCAAUGAUCACGAUGCAAGCUAGCUAAGCUGCAGGCUGGACCGGCCUGAUCAACUCACUUCACUGUACAAGUAGAAGUAGAAAUGGAAUCUAGCUGUAUAUGUUUGUACAUGGAUGGAACGGAACCGAACUGUUGGAGGUCAGAUUGUAUUCUAGUGAAGAAUAUGCACACCACAGAUAUACAAGAAAAUGCAAAGAUAUAUUGAUUCUUUAAUAAGAAAAAUAAACUAACUGCUAUACA